AUGACGCCCUCCACAAUGAGAUUCAACGCCUUGGUUGCCGCUUUGUUUCUUCCAGUGACCAUCGCACAAGUGAGUAUCAGUAUCUCCAACCCCCAAUUGUCCCCCACACCUGCAGAAACCAUCACAUCAGAGCCAACCGCAGCGGUUCCCGUCACAGAUGCUCUGCCCGUUCCUACUCCAAGACCGACGACAAUGGUGGUGGAUACUACUACUACAAGUACAGGAUCAGGAGAAUCUGUCAGUGUUGCCCCUCCUCUUGCUGCCAUCAACACGGCUGCCGAAGCCGACACAAUUGUUGGUGUGGCACGGGCCGACGAACAAUUUUCGACACUUUUGUCGGCCAUGGACUGGGUCGGUAUGUCGACUGCUCUGACAGCACCGGGUCCCUUUACAUUCUUUGCUCCCAACAAUGAUGCCUUUGCCACAGCUCCAGAAGCUGUUGGCACCUGGCUGCAAGACCCCAUUGCCUGGGAACCUCAAAUUCGU